AUGCCGAAGGCUCCUGUCCUUCCAGUUCCCACGGAUAAGUGCCAAGUAGAGGAGGCCGAUAGGCUCCAGUGUGGGUACCCUGGCAUCACGGCAGAACAGUGCAAGACGAUUGAUUGUUGUUUUGCCGGGAACCAGUGCUUCUAUGGAAAAGCAGUGACCGUACAGUGCACAAGAGAUGGCCAAUUUAUAGUGGUUGUGGCCAGGGAUGCCACUGUGCCCUACAUCGACAUAGAUUCAGUCAGCCUGCUCGAAUCAACCGAUGCCUCCUGUAACCCUGCUGACAUCACCGCUGCCUUUGCCAUCUUUCAAUUCUCUGUAACUGCAUGUGGCACGCAAGUGACGGCACAAGAGGAUUAUGUGGUGUAUGAGAACCAUGUGUCUUCGUCAUAUGAAGUGGGAAUGGGGCCCAGAGGCUCAAUCACUAGGGAUAGCCACUUUGAGCUGUUGUUCCAGUGCAUGUACUCCAGCACUGCUGUGGAAGCCCUUAUCAUGGAGGUGAAUACUGUUCCUCCACCACUACCUGUAGCUGCUCUUGGACCCCUCAGAGUGGAACUCAAACUGGCCAAUGGACAGUGCCGCAACAAAGGCUGUAUAGAAGAGAAGGAUGCAUAUACCUCAUUCUACACUGCAUCAGACUACCCAGUUACCAAGGUCCUGAGGGAACCACUGUAUGUUGAGGUGUCCAUCUUGGAACGGACUGAUCCCAACAUUGUUCUCCUCCUGGAGCACUGCUGGGCCACCUCAACCCCCGAUCCUGACGGCCUCCCACAGUGGGACAUCCUGGUUGACGGGUGUCCCUACAAGGAUGACCGUUACCUUACUACAGUGAUACCUGUGGAAAGCUCCCAUGGAAUUGUGCUCCCCAACCACCACAAACGAUUCAGUGUCAAGAUGUUUGCAUUUGUGGAUCAAGACACCUUCACAACUCAAAACGACAAGGUGUUCCUCCACUGUGCUACAGCUGUGUGCCAUCCAAGCAGCACCACAUCAUGUGACCAGACCUGCCACAGGCGCCGGCGACGACGACAUGUUGCUGUAAAAGUUGCCCCAAACCAGACGGCAUUGGUGUCGAGUGGGGAAGUGAUCUUGACUGCUAAACCUCUCCUGUCAUGA